UUCUAUAAAAAAAUUUUUUAUUUCUAUAUUGAAUUAUACUAUUGUUUUGGAACGUAAACUAAAAUUUAAAUAAUUAAAGUAAAUGUUAUAUGUAAAUUAAUUGAAAUAGAGUGUGCUCUGAGUUUUAUAGUAAAGAAUAAAGAUAAAUAAUAAUUUUUAUUAUUAUUGUGCAUAAAUAAUGCAAUUCAAAUCAAAUGAAAACAGAUGUUAUGUAGAUGGGAAUUGUAGUGGCUCUCCUCCUCAAUAUAAUACCUCAUAUAGUGGCACCUGUGGAUCUUAUAAACUGUUUGGUUGCUGCUCCAACCCUUAUGAUAUCUACACAAAUUAUUAUACUUUAUGUUGUUGAUCAAGUGCAGUAUGAGGCAGAGUUUUACUAUGUUAUUAUUGAAGCAAUAAUCACUGUUAUAGCAUUUAUCAACCUUUUCAUAGUUGGUAAAGUAGUUGGAGCAAUUUAUGGACUGUUUUAUAUCGACUUAUUUAUUGCAUUUUGUAUGGAUGGUUACUAUAUGUAUAAAGAAAGAGGCCUUACUAUAUAAAUAUACUACAAUUAUUGUUGUGUAGAUAUGCUGAAUGAUGUCAUACUUCCUCUGAUAACACUAAUACAAGUGUAAUAUUAAAUUAAAAGUGCAGUGAUAAUGAACUUUGUUAAAUAUUUUUUUAAAACAAUAAAAAAAAAUAUUAUUCUGGUAAUCAUUUUAACUAUACUAUUUGUAAUUUGGUUCUUGACUGUAGGUGAUAAAGAAAAUGACAAUCCAACUAUGCCCGUAAUAUUAUGGUGGACAACUGGCUUCCCUGGAACUGAAGAACUUAGACAGUGCCCAAAUAACAUAAUUUGUAUUGUUUCUAGCAAUAAUAUUAUUGAAGAUAGGGUAAAUUCAUACCUGUUCUAUGCCAGCAACAUUGAUUUUGAUAAUCUUCCUUUACCUAGAAAGGAUGUGGUAUGGGGAUUGUAUCAUGAAGAAUCGCCAAGAAAUGUUGAGGAAUUAUCACAUGAGGAAACAUUAAUUCUUUUUAACUACUCUUCAACUUUCAGCAGAUAUAGUGAUAUUCCAUUUCCUUUACAAUAUCUAGAAUCUAUUAAGGAUAUAACAAGUACCAAAUUUUUUAUUCCAACAGAAAAUAAAAAUAGCUUUAAAGACAUUGCUCCAAUAAUGUAUUUACAAACAGAUUGUGAAACUGCAACUGAAAGGGAUAAAUAUGUAGAGGCACUAAUGAAGUAUAUAAAAGUUGAUUCUUAUGGGGGUUGCCUCAAGAAUAAGCAAAUGCCAGGAAGGUUUGUUGAUGAUUAUCUGAACCGUUUAAAUGACGACGAUUUUUUGCAUUUUAUUGCGAGAUACAAAUUCGUAUUAGCAAUUGAGAAUGGUGUUUGUGAUGACUAUAUCACAGAAAAGCUUUGGCGGGCUAUCAAAGUAGGUACUGUGCCUAUUUAUUUUGGUUCACCGACUGUCAAGGAUUGGCUUCCUCAUGAAAAUUCUGCAAUAUUGUUAGAAGACUAUCCUACACCUAAACUAUUAAGUGAUUACCUCAAAAGAUUAGACAAUGAUAAUAAUUUAUAUGAGAGACAUUUAGUGCAUAAAACAAAACAACUUAUUUCCAACUUGCGCUUGUUAAAUGAAUUAAAAUUAAGACCCUAUCAAACAGAUCCUUUGAAAGUUGCUGAAGAAUUUGAAUGUUUCAUAUGUAAGAAGUUACAUGAACAAAAAUUGGGCAAAGUCAUAAAAAGUGUUGUAAAUAAAUUACACUAUAAUUGUCCAAAACCAGUCUCGGCACUAACAUUAAAUGUUAAUCCAAACAAUGAUUGGAUAUUUUCAUGGCAAACAGCUGCAAUAAAGGCGAAAGAAAUAAAACAAAGAGUUUUGGGUUAA